AUGUUUGCUAUACAAGAAGAUGUCCAUGAUUCUCCAAAUAAAGGUAAACCCCGACUGUCAAGGUCUCAGUUAAAUUCUGGGACCGUAAUUUCCAGCAUUACCAUUAAGGAGUAUAAACGAGCAGCGAAAACGUUGGCAAAGUCUUUUGAUAAAGACCCCUUUGUCAAUUACAUUUUAAAUACCGAGAUUGAGCCACUGACUCUGUUAAAAAAACAAGUAAAACUGGAUUUAUUCUUAUCAUUUUUUGAAUAUUCCGUUUACGAUGUAAUUAGUUCAAAUGGAUUGGUUUUGGUAGUGAAGGAUGUUCAAUUAGAAGACGAUUUGAUUUCAAAUCAAUUGAAAGCUUCAGAAAUUAAUAAAUUGCCAUUUUUAGCGGUUGCUUGUUUUAACUUUAUCGAUUCAAAUGAACGAAUGGAUGAUUCGUUAAGUUUCCAUCCUUCUUCAAUAAAAUUUAACUUGUUUGCUUCUUUGACCAAGUGCCGUCUGAAAGUAUUCAAGGAUAAGUUCCCUCUUUUGAAUAGUAUUCGUGAUGGUGUUUUAACUAACUUGAAAUUAAGUCGAAUUUGGUAUUUAAAUGAUAUUGGGGUUUUACCCCAUGCUCAAGGUAAUGGUUAUGCUAAAAAAUUGAUUCAAUUUACUUUGGAUCACCAUAUUAAACAAGAUUAUUGCUAUUUAGAAAGUUCCAAUAUUAUAAAUCGUAAAUUUUAUGAAAAAUUGGGUUUCAAAAUUAUGAAAUCCUUCUUUAUCGACGACGGUGAAAUAAUCAUGGACGCAAUGGUUAACACUGCUUAA